GAAUGUAUAUUUUUAAAUUUGCAUACGUUUCCCUUGUUACGCUGUUCUACGGGUUUGACAUCAGUAUACAUUGAUAGACUGUCUCUCUUUCUCUGUCCCCGCUGGUUGAACAGUCCCGUCAUACCUCGCGUGGCCAACGGCUCUCCCAACUGUGGGCUCGUUCAAUGAAUCGUCGUGCUCGAUUCGCACCGGUUGAUUUUGUGAACUACUUAGAAGAAAGCCCGACCAGGAAAGAACGUCCCGACGCUCUUAUGCUACGGACGGCUCCGUUCUUCAGUUUGUUUGACUAGUGCGGAGGAGCGUGCGUUCGUGGGCUCGCUUCCGAGGUUUUGGUCGGGGAAGGAAGGAGGCAGGGAGGGGUGGGGGGGCUACGGUGCUGGUCCCAAGAGAUGAUGGAGCUAGAGACGGCCAGUAACAGGGGCGAACUGGGGGCUGUGGGGGACCCGCUGCAGCCGCAGACUCCGAGUAGACAUGAAAAAAGUCUGGGACUCCUCACCACUAAGUUUGUAAAUUUGCUGCAGGAGGCCAAGGACGGAGUACUCGAUUUGAAAGCUGCAGCAGACACGUUGGAAGUGCGGCAGAAGCGGCGGAUAUACGACAUCACUAACGUGUUGGAGGGAAUUGGACUCAUUGAGAAAAAGUCCAAGAAUAGCAUUCAAUGGAAGGGCGUAGGUCCGGGUUGUAAUACGAGGGAGAUAGCAGACAAGCUUAUUGACCUGAAGGCAGAACUUGAUGAUCUUGCUGUCAGGGAACAUGAACUGGACCAGCAGAGAGUCUGGGUACAGCAGAGCAUCAAGAAUGUCACAGAUGACUCCAAUAAUAGUCCUAUGGCCUAUGUGAAACAUGAGGACCUAUGUGGCACUUUCAAAGGCAACACCCUUCUAGCGAUACGUGCCCCCAGUGGUACACAAUUAGAGGUGCCCAGACCAGAAUCUGUUAUGAAUGGACAAAGGAAAUACCAGAUCCGUUUGAAAAGUUCUUCUGGCCCCAUUGAGGUUUUACUGGUCAAUAAGGACCCCUCCAGUGCCUCUCCAGUUGUUUUACCUGUCCCUCCUCCAGAUGAUGUACUUCAGAGUCUCUCAGCACCGUCACCCUCCUCCCAGGCUGCAAAAGCAGCUCCAGAGCCUUUCAAAACUGCUUCUUCCACAUCAUCAGCCAUUAGCCAGCCAACCGCAGUUACAGAAGAGACCGGUUCCAUGCCACUCAGUCCAACCACAGAUACUCGCUCUGCCAUUACUCAGCAACUUCAAUCUUCUGCGUCCUUGGAUGGAUCCGUGUCGUCUUCUGCAUCUGCAGUAUUUGAAUCAAUGAAGUCCGACCCAUCUGAAUUGCUGGACUUUCCUAAAGAACUUUCGGAAAUGUUUGAUCCAACAAAAGAGAUCAUGAGUGGAGUUUUGUUGGAAGACCUAAUGUCAUCAGAAGUGUUUUCGCCUCUGCUGCGUCUGUCACCCCCACCUAGUGACCAUGACUACAUAUACAACCUGGAUGAGACAGAAGGCCUCUGUGACCUCUUUGAUGUCCCAAUUUUAAACCUCUGACCCAAAGGUGACCAUCACAGUGG